CUAUAAUGGUGAUUUUUAAUUGAAUUUUAUUUUGGUUCGCUCGUACCCAAGAUUAGAAGAAUAUGAACGCAUGUUACCAAAUAAAAUUAUUCUUUUGUCAAAGCCGCGUUGUCAUAUUUUGUCAUCCGUCAAAUCUCAAUUCUCAAAAGUAAAAAAACUAAAACAUUGUGUUUUAAAUUUUAAUGAAUAUCUAGAUUCUGAUAAUUGUGUUCCGAUAAGUAUUAAGUUAUAUAUAAAUUUUCGAAGAUGAUACGGCGAUCCAAACGAGGUGACGACGAAGAAGACAUUCUCCGAAUGCAAGAGGAAUUUCUAAAGGAGAAAAGUAAGAAUCAAAGCCUUCAACCUUCAGCACAGUUUGUUAAUUUGCGUCGUACUGAACACCAGACCACAAAACGGAGUAAUGCAGGUCCAUUUGGGGUUAGGAAGCCGUCGAAAUACGCACAAUCGAAAGGCCUUACGAAUAAUACAGAAAAACGUGCACGCAUCGAAGAUACCGGUGCAAGUGUGCUUGGUGAUAUUCUAGAAAAGAAUGUUACUGAUGCAACACCCAAUAAAGAGUCAGAAUAUGACGAUGAUAAAGUAUACUAUCCCAAACUCAUACCUUCAGUGUUAGGUGAUAUUCUAGAGAAAAAUAUUGAUGUGCCUGUUGAUUUAGAUUUCAGGCCCAUGCCAUCACAAGGUUUUCCUGUCGUUACUAAACGUGAUCCUUCUAUUAAACCUAAUAAAAAGAGCAUACACACACUCAGUAUUGAAAAAAGUAAACAGAAUAAAAUUGAAGAAAUGGAAACAGAUUUGAGUUGUUCUUCAAGUGCACUUAGUAAUCAAGGAUUAAAUCUUCCAAAUCAAAGCUAUAUACUAAAUAAUCAAGAUGCAGAUAGUAUUCAUAGUGAGAAUGUAAAUAUUCUAAACAAAAUGUCUGAAAAGGAAAUUUUAGAAGAAAGGGAGAAAUUAAUGGCCAGUUUGGAUCCCAAAAUUAUUGAAUUUAUAAGGAAGAAAAGGAAUAAGGAACCUUUAAAUGAUAAUAAAAUGUCUGAAACACCAGCUACAGAAGUAAAGAAAGAAGAGACAAUGGAAUGUAUGGAAAUGACAGAACCCAAAGUUGACAAUGAUAGUUUGUGGGAAAAUGAUGUACUCUCUCACCCACAUGUAGAAAAAUGGUUACACUUUGAUAGCUUGGAAAAAGACAAAUUAGAAUGGAUUAAAGGCAUAGAAGAAAGUAAGUUAAAAACAGAUGAACCAUAUGAAGCAAGGUUUGAUUUUAGAGGCUAUUUGUUGCCCUACACAAUAGAAUAUACUGAGAAAACAAAAACAUUAUUUCAUCAUGGUGAAGAGCCACAUAGACCAGGAUAUUCUAUAACUGAAUUGCUUGAACUAUCACGGUCUAGUAUAACACAACAAAGAGUGGUAGCCCUCAAUACCAUUGCUGGUAUUCUAGAAUAUUAUAAUGCAGGAAUCUAUAAAAAUGUAAUUGAAUUACCCCUAAGCAAAUUGUUCUUUGUCAUAAGAAUAGCCAUGGAUGAAAACAAAGUUAUCAUCUUGGAGCCAGCUUUAAAAGCAAUGAGGAAUUUACUUUUCAACAGAAUAGAUGAGGCAUCCUUGGAUGCUUUGAUCGGCUUCAGAGAAGGAACCUACCAACCAUGUCUAGAACAUGAUCGGUCAGAAAUAGAAGAAAUUGAAUCAAAAGAAUCAGAAUUAAAAGAUUUUCAUCUGGCUGAAAUAGAUAUAAUUGCUGCUGUGUUAAGAACAGAAAUUUUACAGAGAAUAUACUACAUAUUGGAGCAUAUUAAACCAUCAUUUAGUUGUGUACAAUAUUCAUUGCAAAUUUUGACAAGAUUAGCCAGAGAUUCUGUGGACACAGCAAGAAAAAUUGUGAAUAUGGAUCAUUUAAUGGAUGCAAUAUUUAAAUAUUUUGUACCAAGAACAAGUAUAAACUUUAUGUUUGAUCCAUCUAUAGUGUAUCAUGGAAAACCUAUACUUGCUGCACUAAAAUUAUUAAGGGUUCUUUCAUUAACAUCAAGAGAUGUUGGAGACAGACUUGUAUCAAAGUAUGAUAUAUGUUCAUUUAUGUCUGAAUAUGUCAGUUCAGGAGUAGAUGGGACAUAUGGACUCAAAGUUCAAAUAGAAGCUUAUUGUAUACUGUCCAAUUUACUUAAAUUUAAACUGGGCAUAGAAAAUGCUAUAUCAUUAUUUCCUGUUAUAAUCACAACAUUGUACAAACAUGUUCAAGGCACUAGUAUCUAUAUGAAUUCUUCAGUUUUAUCAGCUUCACAUGCUGCUGUAGUUUUACAGUUUAUUGAUGGCUUAAUAAGGUGUGGUGUAAAUUUGGAUUAUAAGGCACAGAUAUAUCCCCUACUGAAAGAAGGAAUGCAAAAAUGGCUCUCCCAAAUGUCUCAUUUAGACAACUAUACUUGUGGCCAUUUGAGAUUAAUAUGCUCCAUUUUGAACUGUUUUGAGACUGUUAUCAUUCAUGAAAAUAUUACCAUUCAAAUAUUGAAUGAUACACUUUUAAAAUUAAGCAAAUCUGAAGGCUUUAAGAUUAUGAUAAACAAUUUGAUCACAAGUUCUAACUUAUUAUCUGGAAUUGAAGAUAAAGAUAUACAUUUGACUAAGAAUUUAACAUCUUUGGGCACAUCUGUGAUUGAUUCGCAUCAAAAAGUACUUCCCAUAUUGAAUGUGGCAUCUCCAAUACCUUGUUUAUCAUCAUUAUUUAAAUUAUUAGUUGUGAUAAAUGAUAAGCAAGUAUCUAUAUUAUUUUUGGAGCAUACUCUACCUUAUUUAAGAAAACUGUCAGAAAAAGCACCAAGUUUAAUAAACAAUUGGUUCACAAGGAUGGAAACAGAUUUUGUGUUUAGUUUGGUUACUCUUGCAAUACAGACAGACAUUCCUGAAUCUCUUAAGGACUUGGUCUAUUCUGUAGCUAGCAAAUUGUGCUACAUAUUAAGAAUAGAUAAGAGAUAUGAAUUAGAAUUUCUGUUUAACAAUAUUAUUUUUAAUGAGAAAUGGUUUACUGCUGAGCGCUUGUUUAAUCUUGUAUCAUUAUCUGAAGCAGAUGGAUUUUCAAAAGCGUUAACAAAUAUAGAAGAUAUUAAAUCUUGUUAUAGUAAAGUGUGUAAUAUAAACUAUGUAGACACAGGUCCAUUUGUUGUGUUUAGAAAGUGGCAAGAACCUAUACUCCCGCGUGAUUGGAUAUAUCUGCCCAUACUUUCUCUGUAUAGUAAGAGUCAAGAAAAGCCUGAGCCUACAGUUGUUGGUGAACAUGCGAAGAAGGUUGCACAAAAAAUAGCCACAGAAAAAGAGAUUAUCAUCAGAAGCAGUCUAGAAUGGAUACUCUUCAAUGAAUUGUGCUUCCCUGAUCUAUUAAAUGACAUAGAUCUGACCGACAGAUUCUGCCGUCUAAUGUGUGUAUUUUUAUGCGAUAAUUCAUUAUUUUUAGACGCGAAAAUCAAAUUAUUGCUAACAAAAUGUACACAGAUACUGUUCAAAAAGGGUUCAAAGUUUAAUUUUGAUAAGGAACUGAUGGGGUUGAAUAAUUUUCAAGAUUUUUAUACCCAAUUCUUGGAACAGUUUCAGUCUGUGAGCUAUGGUGAUCACACAUUUGCUGCUUGUGUGCUAGUCCCACUAGCGCAGCAGCAUAAUGUGAAAUGGAGAAAACUUUUAUGGUCAGAAUAUGCUGGUUGUUUGAGGGCACUCGACUGCCCCGACAAAAUGCUUUGUUAUGGUAUAGAUGCCUAUCUUUACCCUGAAGAAACUGAUGAAUCAGUGAUUAAGUCGUACUUUAGAGCUUUAUCUAGCAGCUUGUUACGAACCGGUACGAUCGCGUAUAAAAUUGCACAUCAUCAUGUAGAAUGUUAUAAGAAAAGAAAAGAGAUAAAUAAAUGAUUUGCUACAUA